AUGAAAGAAAAGAAUGGAGAUGGGCAUCAACUUGUCGCUGUCAAAUUAGCUAAACCAGGAUCUUCUAACGAAAUGAUGCUGUGGGAGGAAGCCAAAACAAUGAUGAAACUAGAAGGAAAUACUAAUGUUCUUUCCAUGCUUGGAUGUUGCAUACGCAAAGGUCCUAUUUUGAUUGUAAUGGAGUUUGCCCCAUACGGAAAUUUAAGAGAUUUCUUGCGACUGAAAAAACCUAAAACGGUGUAUCACGAAUAUCAUAACCAGCAUUUGAACUACAGAACUCUGUUAUCUUUUGGUCGUCAGGUAGCUAAAGGAAUGGAGUUUUUAGCUUUAAAACAGUGCAUUCACAGAGAUUUGGCUGCUAGGAAUGUUUUAGUGGGAAAUUUUCUAGUGUUGAAAAUCGCAGAUUUUGGUUUAUCUCGUAACAUCUGCAACCAGGACUACUACAAGAAAACAAGUAAAGGGAGACUGCCCGUUAAAUGGAUGGCUCCCGAAGUUCUUUUUGAAAACAUUUGCACGUUAAAAAGUGAUAUAUGGUCAUAUGGAGUAUUGCUUUGGGAAAUAUUCACCUUUGGAGAUUCUCCUUACCCAGGAAUUCCAUACAAAGAUUUCUGCAAUUUAUUGAAGGAGGGGUAUCAAAUGUGCAAGCCCCAGUGUGCAAGUGAAGAAGUGUACAGCAUAAUGAAGCAGUGCUGGACGUACGACGCCGAUGCGAGACCUUCCUUCAGCCACAUUGUCCCCCUGUUCGAUGGAAUCAUCAGCCAUCUUUUCUCUCGGGUUUGUCACACUUCUCAGAUUUUUAACGUAAUAAAAAGUUUCACCGAAUGUACGAACAGCAUUUGUUGA